AUGAGUUUCUUCUUCGGUCGUGAUAAAAGACCUCCUUAUGAAAUAGCUAAAGAACAGUCACGAGCUGUUAGUACACAAAUUCGACAGGAAAAACGAUUAUUAGAUCGAGAAAUUAAUAAAUGUGAUCGAGAAAUUCAACGUCUUACAAAUGAUAUUCGUAAACAAGCUUUAAACAAUAAUAAAGAUGCUCUUCGAAUAUUAGCAAAAGGAAUUGUUAAAAUAAGACAUAAUAAAAGUAAUUUAUAUUCAGCAAGAGCUAAUCUUGAUACAAUUGAUAAUGCUGUUAAAAAUCAAUUAACAAAUGUAAGAUUAACUGGUGUAAUGCAAACAAGUACUGAAGUAGCACGUUCAAUGUCAGAAUUAAUGAAAGUUGAACAACUUCAAUCAGUUUCUCAACAAUUUUCACAAGAAUUAAUUAAAAUGGGUAUUAUGAGUGAAAUGACAACUGAAGCCAUUGAUACUGCUAUGGAUAAUGAUGACCUUGAAGAAGAAACUGAUGAAGAAGUAAAUAAAGUAUUAAAUGAAAUUCUUUUGAACAAAGUCAAUAAAUAUCCAAAUGUUCCUGUUAAUCCAACUGUAAUUAGUACAACUGAUGUUGAUAAUGAAGAAGAUGAAAUUGAAAAACGUUUAGAAGCAUUGAAAAAUUGA